CACCGGCGCAACGUGUCUAUAAACCUCCCAAUCCGGCCGAUCUCUUUUCAGCCUGGAAGCACUCAACGUUUUCAACCUCAUUCGUCUGCCCCGAGCGCGCUUACGCCAAAAACCCGCACUGAUGAGACGAGCCCAGCCACACAGAUCGAGGUAGAGCUGCAGUACAAACGUCGCCAUAUAUUCGUUGGAACGGCCUCGUUGUAUGGCUUUCUUGAGAUACUCGAGACCUCCACGCUAGGCUCGACAUCGAAGGGAGCGGUCAUGAGAGCUUUCACGAUCCUUGCGUCGAACGAGCAGCUGAUGGCGCGCCGGAGUUCGUCAAGCCCACAGGACUGGAAUCUUAUCACUCGGACCACGGCCGACAUUUCAGAGUUUGACUACAUUACUCUGGCUCGAAUACAAUUGGGAUCGAUCUCACUGCAACAAUUUGUAGACUCCAUACCGUUCAAUACCCACGACGAAGCGCCAACAGUGGUGGUCGCGGAGGCAUUCAAGAAUGCCAGCCACAUGGAUGCUGAAGAGGGUCGUAAUGCUGGGAGUAAGGCACGUGCAUUUAGAGCGUGGUUG